CCUAGGUAGACGUACACGGGUUUCAAGUCUCAAGGUGGACUCGAGUCUCAACCAACCCCAAGCCCCCAAAAGUCCUUUUGAUAUCAGUUUCAAUUUAACAUCGCCAUAUACCCUCUCCUGUUCUCCACCCACGAUCCCCAGUAGAACCACAGUACUAGGGUUUAUGGAAAAAGGAACAAGAAAUUAACAGUUCGAUCGAUAGUUGAAACCCUAGCGUCGGAAUUCAAAUGGCGUGUGUGUACAUUCCGGUGCAGAACUCCGAGGAAGAGGUCCGGGUCGCUCUCGAUCAACUCCCAAGAGACGCUACUGACAUACUAGACAUUCUAAAGGCCGAACAAGCCCCCCUUGAUUUAUGGCUUAUAAUCGCGCGGGAGUACUUCAAACAAGGAAAAGUUGAACAAUUCCGCCAAAUUUUGGAGGAAGGUUCUAGUCCUGAAAUCGAUGAAUAUUAUGCAGAUGUGAAAUAUGAGAGGAUUGCCAUUCUAAAUGCUUUAGGGGCUUAUUACAGCUACCUUGGAAAAAUUGAGACAAAACAAAGGGAAAAGGAUGAGCAUUUUAUCAUGGCAACACAAUACUACAAUAAAGCAUCGAGAAUUGACAUGCACGAGCCUUCUACAUGGGUUGGGAAAGGUCAGCUUUUACUGGCUAAGGGUGAUACAGAACACGCAGCUGAUGCUUUCAAGAUUAUAUUGGGGGGAGAUCCUGAUAAUGUUCUUGCUCUUCUUGGUCAGGCGUGCGUUCAUUUUUAUCGUGGACUAUAUUCUGAUUCAUUGGAGUUGUACAAGAGGGCCUUGCAAGUGUAUCCUCAAUGUCCUGGAGCAGUAAGACUUGGCAUAGCUCUAUGUCGCUACAAAUUGGGUCAAUAUGGGAAGGCAAAGCAAGCAUUUCAGCGUGUUUUGCAGUUAGAUCCAGAAAACGUCGAGGCGCUUGUGGCACUUGGAAUUUUGGAUUUGAAUACAAAUGAAGCUUCUGAUAUUAGGAGGGGGAUGGAAAAGAUGCAGAGAGCUUUCGAGAUUUAUCCAUAUUGUUCGCUGUCGCUGAAUUAUCUAGCAAAUCAUUUCUUCUUCACUGGUCAACAUUUUCUAGUUGAGCAACUGACCGAAACUGCACUUGCUGUGACUAAUCAUGGGCCAACAAAGUCACAUUCGUACUACAAUUUGGCACGAUCAUACCAUAGCAAGGGGGACUAUGAAAAAGCUGGAUUGUACUACAUGGCAUCUGUAAAGGAAAUCAAUAAGCCACAAGAAUUUAUAUUACCAUACUAUGGUCUGGGCCAAGUACAGCUGAAAUUGGGAGAUUUUAGAAGUUCUCUUUCAAACUUUGAAAAGGUUUUGGAAGUUUACCCUGAAAAUUGUGAGACACUGAAAACACUUGGACACAUUUAUAUUCAGCUUGGGCAGAUUGAGAAGGCCCAGGAGUUCAUAAGAAAAGCUGCUAAGAUUGACCCUCGUGAUGCACAGGCAUAUCUGGAUCUAGGAGAAUUACUAAUUUCAACUGAUGCAGGAGCUGCUUUAGAUGCCUUCAAAACUGCACGAGUUCUGCUUAAAAAGGGAGGUGAAGAAGUACCAAUAGAAUUGCUUAACAAUAUUGGAGUUCUUCAGUUCGAAAGGGGAGAGUUUGAGCUUGCGAAACAAACUUUCAAGGAGGCUCUAGGUGAUAACAUAUGGGGCAAUUUCAUCUAUGGUGCACCACAAUCCUGUGCCAUUGAUGCCGGUGCAUCUAUCAAUCAAUACAAGGACAUGCAAUUGUUCCAUCGACUUGAGCUAGCUGGUAUCAUUGUCGAACUACCUUGGAAUAAAAUCUCAACACUGUUUAACAUGGCUAGACUACUUGAGCAGUUGCAUGACACUGAAAGGGCUAGCAUCUUGUACCGUCUGAUCCUAUUUAAGUAUCCAGACUACAUAGAUGCUUAUCUAAGGCUUGCUGCCAUUGCAAAAGCUCGAAAUAACGUUCAACUAAGCAUCGAACUGAUUGGUGAUGCUCUGAAGGUGGAUGACAAGUGCCCAAAUGCAUUAUUAAUGCUUGGAGACUUGGAACUUAAGAAUGAUGACUGGGUCAAGGCCAAAGAUACCUUCCGGGCUGCUAAGGAUGCAGCUGCUGGACAAGAUUCUUAUGCUACUCUUUGUCUGGGAAAUUGGAACUACUUUGCAGCAGUUCGCUCUGAGAAAAGAGCUCCUAAGUUGGAAGCUACCCAUCUGGAAAAGGCUAAGGAACUCUACACAAAAGUUCUGGUUCAGCAUACUGCUAACUUAUAUGCUGCCAAUGGUGCUGGUGUGGUCCUGGCAGAAAAAGGUCAAUUUGAUGUUUCAAAGGAUCUUUUUACACAGGUUCAAGAAGCUGCAAGUGGAAAUGUUUUUGUCCAGAUGCCAGAUGUGUGGAUAAAUCUGGCACAUGUUCAUUUUGCUCAAGGAAAUUUUACACUGGCUGUAAAAAUGUAUCAAAAUUGCUUGCGGAAGUUUUAUUAUAACACAGACAAUCAAGUCCUUCUCUAUCUUGCCCGUACACAUUAUGAAGCUGAGCAGUGGCAAGAUUGCAAGAAGACUUUACUAAGGGCCAUCCACUUGGCUCCUUCUAAUUACACACUAAGAUUUGAUGCCGGUGUUGCAAUGCAAAAGUUCUCUGCGUCAACAUUGCAAAAGACUAAAAGGACAGCAGAUGAGGUGCGUUCAACAGUUGCAGAGCUUAAGAAUGCAGUUCGUGUAUUUAGUCAGUUAUCUGCUGCUUCAAAUCUUCACUUCCAUGGGUUUGAUGAAAAGAAAAUUGAAACCCAUGUUGGAUAUUGCAAGCACUUGCUUGAGGCCGCAAAAGUUCACUGUGAGGCAGCUGAGCGUGAAGAGCAGCAGAAUAAGCAGAGACAAGAACUUGCUCGUCAAGUCACAAUUGCUGAGGAAGCCCGUAGAAAAGCAGAAGAACAGAGGAAAUUUCAGUUGGAGAAAAGAAAACAAGAGGAUGAGCUAAAGAAAGUUAUGCAACAGGAGCAACAUCUAGAGCGUAUAAAGGAGCAAUGGAAGAGUAGCACUCCUGCCUCUAAGAGGAAGGAUAGAUCCCAGAUUGAAGAUGAAGAGGGGAGGCAUGGUGAGAAGAGGAGGAGAAAGGGGGGAAAGAAGAAAAAGAGGGACAAGAGCUCUAAAUCACGUUAUGAGACAGAGGAAGCAGAAGCUGACAUUAUGGAUGACCAGGACGAAUUGGAGGAUGACGAUUCAAACAUGAACUAUGGGAAGCACUCUAAUCAGACGAAUGAUCAAGAUGAUGGAGAAGAGAAUGCUCAAGAUCUUCUUGCAGCUGCUGGGCUUGAAGAUUCUGAUGCUGAGGAUGACAUGGCUGCACCUUCAAAUAUAAGCCGAUUGAGGCGGGCAUGGUCAGAAUCCGAUGAUGAUGAACCAGUACAGAGGCUGCCGGAGUCCAACCUCGUAAGAGAGAAUUAUGGCGAGAUGCAGGAAAGUGAUGGGGAAGUCAGAGGAGAUGAUGAAAAAGUGAAUGAAGAUGGUGCUGCUGCUGAUGAUGAUGACUACUGAGAACAAACAAGUCGAGAAAGGCCCUGCAAAGAAAGGAGUAUACUUAUUAGCAGGACAGCAUUUUCAGUCUGAUUCUAUGAAAGGAGAUGAGUGAUAGUCCCUAAAAAGCUAUGGUAUAGAAAUGGUUGUAGUGAGUUUCAGGAUCUCUGCUUGUGUGGAACUAUCAAAUGCAUACAUGCCCUUUGAUACUGAAAAGCCUUUCAUUGCGGAACCACAACAUUGUCUAGAGAUGCCUUUUGCAUACUCCAUAAUUGUAACUUACAAACUAUAGUAUACUCUAAUUCAUAUUUUUAAUCUUCUGUUAAUGAAAAGCUAUUGUCAUUUACCCACAUAUAUAUAUAUAG